CUUGUGUGUGUGGAAUGCCAUUUCAUAUCUUUUACACUCUAUCUCAUAUAUAUCAUUACUACAUUUCACAAGGUGUAGCACGCUGUAAUGCAACUCUCUUUUUGACUAUAAAACUAGUUCUUGGUCCUUUUCCUUCUUCUUUUUCUUUUUCUUUUUCUAACCCUUCUCUUUCUCUCUCUCUCUCUUUUGUGUAAAUAUAUUUAAUUUAUUAAUAUAAAAAUGAUAUCCACCAUGACACCUAUACCUACUUCACCAAGUCAUGACAUUCAUAAUUCACCCUAUCCAGACGAUCUUCAUUCUUCGCUCAUUGAAUCCUUUCAAAUCAUAUGCUCUCAUGAACAAAUAGAACUCUGUCAAAAACUAGGUUUACUCAACAAGUCAGAACAACAUCAAGCUAUCAGAAUGGCAAAGGCUGUGAUUGACCAUCAACAACUGCCUGUGCAUGCAAAUGAUUGGCACAAUUUGAUCGACUGGGUUCACACCUUGCGUGAUAGAUACAAACAUCAACUGGAUCAGCAGUCUAUACGGACCUUGUCUGAUGAUUCAGAGCGCAUUCAGUACUUUGACCAGAUUGCUUCCCUCAGUGCACGACUCGAGAUGUACGGACAAGCACAUGAUGAUUUAACGGACCUGCUAGCGGCUCUCAAGGGCCUUCGAAACGACUGGAAGCAUCGUAGACGAGAUGUCGAAAAUAUUGUGCUCUCCAUUCUGUCUGCCUCCAACGAAUACCGCGUUAUCAAGGUAACACGAUCGCAUUUGACUGCUCUCGGACUUGGUUUUAGCUCGAUCGGUAAAUACUACAUCGUGUUUGAAUCUCAUGUGUCGGACGAGACAAGAAAGGCUCUGCUCAACCACGUUGCUCAUGAUUUCAGUCAGGUGUUUCAGGAAAAUGCCGCUCAGAACCUUGCUCGAAUGGCUGGUAACUAUCACAGAGUCUUUGAUCAGCCUGAAGAAGGCGAUGUCAUUGCAGAUAUCCAGCAAUUCGUGCGUCAGGUCUAUCAUCAUCGUCCUCGUUCAGUCAUUCUCAAUUAUCCCACAAGUCUACCCAUCGAUCCAGAGGCUGGUUCCUCCUUUCUCGAACGUCGCAAGUCUGUUGUUUUGGUCGAUGAACAAGAGACCAUCUUGUUCAAUAUGGCUCAACCUCAGUUUGAACCCGCUGGUUGGGAUUGGCCACAGAUCUUGAAGCAUAAAAAACCAAGAAAUAUCUGGUCUACCUCAGUGUCUAGACUUGCUGAUCAUUUUGCCCAGGUUGGCCUUGAUUAUUACUCAAACAUGCUCAAUAAUGCUCAAUUGAUGCAUGCUCACAGAACCCAGAUGCUCGAAUUUGCCACGCACUCGCUUCUCAAGGUCUAUCGUGCCCUGCAGCUAGAACAAGGAUUGGCCAAUCUCAAUAGAACUCUCUGUAUACUCUAUAAACUGCAACAACACACGCAUCAUCUUUCUCAACCAAAAAUCUAGCAUACAAAAUAAUAUAUUAAUUACAUUUUAAUAAACAUUGAAUUCUGUUCAACAUUCUCUCUUCCUUUUGUGCAUACAUCAAAAUGGGUUCAUCUUUAUAGUCUGUGCUCAGAGCGAGUUGGAUGAACGCAAGAUCAUCUUUUAAAUACGGUUGUUCCUUCAGCCAAAGUCGUUCUUCAUAUAGAUU